GUGCUUUUUCCACAUGAGUGCAAGAGGAGUAGACAGUUAAAAGAAGUGACUGCUGUGGAGGACAGCGUGACCACCAUGAGAGGAAGCUGCCUCCUCACACUGCUCUUGGCAGGACUUGGGGUUUUAGGAAUACUGGAGUCAACAACAACAGAAGACACCCACUGCCACAGAGCUGAGCACCCCAUUAUUGCAUACAAAGAAAUUGCCCCUUGGCUACACGUGUUCAAAGCAGAAGAUGCUGUGGACUUCUCACAGUUAACAUUUGACCCAGGACAAAAAGAGCUUAUUGCUGGAGCAAGAAACUACCUCUUCAGAUUGAACCUUGAGGAUCUUUCUCUAAUACAGGCAGUGGAGUGGCAAUGUGAUGAAGCUACUAAAAGAGCCUGUUACAGUAAAGGCAAAUCAAAGGAGGAAUGCCAGAACUACAUCCGAGUGCUCCUYGUUGGUGGCAACCAUCUCUUCACCUGCGGAACCAACGCGUUCACUCCAAUCUGCACCAAUCGCACGUUAAGCAACUUGACAGAGAUACAUGACCAAAUCAGUGGCAUGGCUCGUUGUCCCUACAGUCCCCAGCACAACUCCACUGCUCUUCUCACUUCCAGUGGAGAAUUAUAUGCUGCUACAGCCAUGGAUUUUCCAGGAAGGGAUCCUGCUAUCUAUCGAAGCCUGGGGUCCCUUCCUCCUCUCCGAACUGCCCAGUACAACUCCAAGUGGCUGAAUGAACCAAAUUUUGUGUCAUCUUAUGACAUUGGCAACUUUACCUACUUCUUCUUCCGGGAAAAUGCAGUGGAACACGACUGUGGGAAAACAGUUUUCUCUCGUGCUGCUCGGGUGUGCAAAAAUGAUAUUGGUGGCAAGUUUGUGCUGGAGGAUACCUGGACUACCUUCAUGAAAGCUCGUCUGAACUGCUCUCGCCCUGGAGAAAUCCCAUUUUACUAUAACGAACUUCAGAGUACUUUCUUCCUGCCAGAACUGGACUUGAUCUAUGGGAUUUUUACCACUAAUGUGAACAGCAUAGCAGCCUCAGCAGUUUGUGUUUUCAAUCUGAGUGCCAUAACUCAGGCCUUUAAUGGACCCUUCAAAUACCAGGAGAACUCUCGCUCUGCUUGGCUUCCAUAUCCCAAUCCUAACCCUAAUUUUCAGUGUGGCACCAUGGACCAGGGUUUGUAUGUAAAUMUGACUGAGAGAAAUCUUCAAGAUGCACAAAGAUUCUUCUUAAUGCAUGAGGUUGUUCAACCAGUCAUUCCAAUUCCUUACUUCAUGGAAGACAACAGCCGAUUUUCCCAUGUGGUUGUGGAUGUUGUGCAGGGCAAGGACAUGCUUUUCCAUAUCAUCUAUCUUGCCACAGACUACGGCACUAUUAAGAAAGUACUUGCCCCAAUGAACCAGACUUCAAGCAGCUGCCUGCUUGAGGAAAUUGAACUCCUGCCGAAAAGUCAGCGAGAGCCCAUCAGGAGCCUUCAGAUCUUGCACAGCCAGAGUGUCCUUUUUGUGGGCCUUCAGGAACAUGUGAUUAAGGUGCCCCUGAAGAGAUGUCUCUUUUACAAAACAUACAGUGCAUGCAUUGGAUCCCAAGACCCUUAUUGUGGCUGGGACAUGGUGAUGAAGAAGUGCACRACGCUGGAAGAAAGUCUGAGCAUGAGUCAAUGGGAGCAGAGCAUUACCGUGUGUCCAAUGAGGAAUCUGACAGUGGAUGGACAYUUUGGAACGUGGUCACAGUGGAAACCUUGCACUCACACUGACGGUGCCAGCGUUGGCUCCUGCCUCUGCAGGACACGUGUGUGUGACAGUCCUGCUCCCCAGUGUGGAGGGUGGCUCUGUGAAGGACCAACCAUGGAGAUUGCCAACUGUUCCAGAAAUGGAGGCUGGACACCAUGGACUUCUUGGUCACCUUGCAGUACCACUUGUGGAAUAGGCUUUCAAGUUCGUCAGCGUUCCUGCAGCAAUCCAACCCCUCGACAUGGAGGACGUGUCUGUGUGGGGCAGAAUCGUGAGGAGAGGUACUGCAAUGAGCAUUUGCUGUGCCCCCCUCAUGUGUUCUGGACAGGCUGGGGGCCGUGGGAGCGCUGCACUGCUCAGUGUGGAGGAGGGAUCCAGGCACGGCGCAGGACAUGUGAGAAUGGCCCUGACUGUCCUGGCUGCAGCGUGGAAUAUCAGCCUUGCAACACCAACGCCUGCCCGGAGUUGAAGAAGACAACUCCCUGGACCCCUUGGACACCGGUGAACAUUUCAGACAACGGCGGUCACUACGAGCAGCGGUUCCGAUACACCUGCAAGGCGCGCCUGCCYGACCCCAACCUGCUGGAGGUGGGACGGCAGCGCAUCGAGAUGCGCUACUGCUCCAGCGACGGCACCAGCGGCUGCUCCACAGACGGAUUGUCAGGAGAUUUCUUGCGUUCUGGACGAUACUCUGCUCACACCAUCAAUGGUGCCUGGUCWCCCUGGUCACCCUGGUCUCAGUGCAGUCGUGAUUGCAGUAGAGGCAUCCGGAAUCGCAAACGGGUCUGCAGCAAUCCUGAGCCCAAGUAUGGGGGACUUCCUUGCCUUGGCCCAUCUCUAGAGUACCAGGAAUGCAACAUUUUGCCUUGCCCAGUGGAUGGAGGCUGGUCUUGCUGGUCAUCUUGGUCAAAGUGCUCAGCRACCUGUGGAGGUGGACACUACAUGAGAACCCGCUCGUGCACCAACCCCGCCCCUGCCUACGGAGGGGACAUCUGCCUUGGCUUGCACACGGAGGAGGCGCUCUGCAACACACAGCCCUGUCCAGACAGCUGGUCCGAGUGGUCCAAGUGGUCAGACUGUGACUCGUCCGGCUCCCAGCUCCGCACGCGUCAGUGCAUCAUUCUGUUCCCUGUGGGCAGCCAGUGCACGGGAAACACCACGGAGACCCGAGCCUGCGCUGUGGACUCCAACUUCAUACCAGAAAUAUCUGUGGCACGAUCCAGCAGCAUAGAAGAGAAACGAUGUGGCGAGUUCAACAUGUUCCACAUGAUCGCAGUGGGAUUAAGCAGCUCAAUACUCGGUUGCCUUCUCACCCUGCUUGUUUACACCUACUGCCAGCGCUACCAGCAGCAGUCCCACGAUGCCACUGUCAUCCACCCGGUGUCACCCGCUCCGCUCAACACCAGCAUUACCAACCACAUCAACAAACUGGACAAAUACGAUUCUGUAGAAGCCAUCAAGGCAUUUAACAAAAACAACCUGAUUCUAGAGGAGAGAAACAAAUACUUCAAUCCACAUCUUACUGCAAAGACUUAUUCUAAUACCUAUUUUACAGAUUUCAAUAAUUAUGAUGAAUACUAAUGGGCUUGUGUAUUUUCUGGCCUCCUGUAACUCCCCAGUCCCCAAGGCCUGUGCAACUUGAGUGCUCAUGUGAUUGAGGCUUCAGAGAUGAAGUUCAGAGACAUUUCAAGCACGAUCCAAGCCAUCAAUGUCCCAUUGCUGCCAAAAGCCCAAACCGCCUGUUUGUGACAUGAUGUUUUCUUCGCAGAAUGCAAGGUUGGCCUUCAGUGUCAGGGGCAGCUGUAGCCCCUCGGUGUUGCUGGACCACUCAUGAAGAUUGCGUUGCUUUGCUCAGUUUCAUAAAUUUCCACUCCAAUUUCUCUAACAAGAGACUAAGUAAUUCCUGAGUUUUAAAAAGAAAUAAUAAUGUUGCCCCUUACACCUGUGCCAGGAGAACAAAUCUAAUUUUCUUUUUAGGCGUUGUCUUUUACUUCCUUGGGGUUUCAAAAGGGAGCUUUGCUGUUAUCCCUCUGUGCAGUCUCCUGAAGCUCACGCCACCAAGAAGAGCUCACAAGGUGCUGGGGAUGACAAAAAGAAUUGUGGUGGUUUAGUGAUCUCUGCAGCAGCUCUGGGCUCUGUGGGCUGAUCUUCCUGGGCUGUAAAUCACUCUGGCUGCAGUUCAGCUGCUCAGAGUGCAGAGAAGUGCUAAGGCUGGAGCGAGAGAUACAAUCUGGUAAUUAACCCGGACACCUCCAGGGUCAGUGGUUUCCAGUGCACGCCGAGCCCGCUCGCAUAAAGCCUUCACCUCGUGCAGUUUAAUUUUUGAGAGGGGGCGGAAGGGCAUGUCCCACAGGGAGGCCGAGGGCGGAGAGCAUUGGGAGAGGCACACUGGGAGGUUUUUCAGUACAUCCUURCUAAACCAGCCUUGCUGCAGCACACGGUUUGUGCUGGCAUUCCACAGGCUCCCUGUCCCUGGAGYGUGGAGCACACUGGUCUCUGAUGCCUGCGGCACUCGCCACCAGGCUGGCCACACAACAGUACGASUGCACCGUGUUUUGGGUGCCAUCUCUGGCUCUCGGGGCUAUGUAGGCAUAAUCGUAGGUCUGCUUUUUCCUUUSCAGCUUUUAUUUUAUAUGCACGUGUCCGACAAACAAAGCUGGCUCAGAGAAUAUGGAUAUAUUUGCAAAGGGCUGUCUCACCUUGCUGCCAUGCCUGACCUGCAUCAGUCAGCCCCUAGAAGAACAUUCUUACGGUGUUUUAAGUGAUGAUCUUGUUGGACUUCAUUGAUGUAAAUAUUUAAAAUACUGUUUGAGUUUUAAGUUAUCAGUUUUAAUUCCUUUUUAGUGGUAGAUGAGGAAACACAAUGUUUUAUACCAUUUUUCUUUGUUCUGUCUUCACCCACAUUCAUGACAUAGUUAUUUUUGUAUCUGAAAUUCCAGAUGUAUUACUAAAAAGAAAAUUGCAGRGAUUUGAGACAGAUUUUCUAGAGUAUAUAGUAGAAAGGAAGCAUUUGCUAUUAUCAAAUAGCAAGGAAUUGUUARAAGCAGCUUGUGAGAAGAAAUUAAAAGUGACUAUUAAGGAUUAAAGAAUUGGGCUUUCAUUUUCUUGCUAGAAGCAAAGGCAUCRCACUAGAAUGCUAGGGAGGUAUGCAAGGAAAGUCAGAGUGGAAAUGUUUCCAUUCUCUUUAGAGCCCUUGCUAAUUAGGUUAUGUURUGAUAGGCAAAUACAGAAAAAACAUGUUCAGAUUAUAAUGAUCCACAAYUACAUAGGAAAAAAAAUCAAAAAGUACCAAGAAA